AUGAGCCCGAGAGCAAUGCUGUCAAUGGCCAGCCGUCAGGCUCGGCUCUCAUCGAAGGCCAUCACAUCCAAAGCCCCCAUCCAGCGGCGAUUUGCCUCAUCAGAGCCGCACCAGCCGUCGCCCCUCUCCCAAUUCUACAAGGACUUCACCAGGCCCGUCGCCAAGGUUCUACUCAUGGCUAUGUUCACCUACCAGCUGGCCUACUGGGGCUGGGUCAAGCUGGAGCAGGACGAGACCAGGGCCGAACGUGAAGAGUAGGAGAGGUCGCGAGGCUCGAAGCCCAGGUCGCCAAGUUGACAGGGAAGCCUUUGGCCUGAGCCGCUGCGUGAAGGCCUUCUGAACGGUCUCUUGCCGCCAAAUCCCGUCCUUGAUGGCAGCCGGCCAGCUUGGCUCUCUUGACCCUCUCUGCAGCCCCUGCGGACUGGCCACUCAGCACCAGGCUUGGUCUGUAGGCGUCUACAGUAGACGGCACAUAUGGCGCAAAACCCUUCUCCGGCGCCGAGAUGCUCGCGAGAACCUGUUAUCUGCUCAGUGACCUCCCAACUGUGUGGGCUGUCCCCUGGAAUCAAAGCCAGGCACCAAGGCAGAAGAAACUCCAUGCUUUUGCCUACUUGAUCUGCUGCAAAGCCACGCCCAAGAUGGUUCUGUAUUGCAGAACGAGAAUACUGACAUCCCGAGGGUGCCGUUUCAAUCCACCAAGAUGAACUAGAGGUUCAUGUCUUCAAAACAUGUUGAUCGAAGUGACAUGACUCUUCAAUUCGCAAACCCGUGGAGGUGGUGGUGGAGAUUGGCCAACACACACCCCUGUAUUAUCAAUCGUCCUUUCAAGUCAGUAUUUGUGAGACUAUGCAACUCGAUCUUAACCCUCAAGCGGCUGGCAUUUCAUCGCUUUACCGCCGUGCAUUCCGAUCCGGACAGAAGACCAGUUUGAUCGGUGAUCCGAUGCCCGUGAGCGCUAGCCCCCUUAGCCAAGUUCAGCCCCGGGCACAGAGCUCAUCCAUCGGGCCGGAGCAAUCGCGC